ACAAAUUUGGUCACAUGAUAUAUUCACCUGACAAGUUUUUGAGUUCCAGAUUUUUUCAGCAAAGGAGAGAAUUCAGCAGCUGACAACUAAGUAUUUUAAUUUCUUUGUUGAGGAAAACAAUAAAAAAGCGACACUAUGAAAAUCUGUGGUCCAAAAUUAUCCCUCUGCGGUCUGAUUAUAUCAGUAUGGGGCAUUGUUCAAUUGGUGCUGAUGGGCCUGUUCUUUUACAUCAAUAGUGUGGCUCUUAUUGAGGACUUGCCUCUUGAAGAGGAGUACCAUACUUUGGAAGAGUUUUAUACAGCAGCAAACAGAGCCUACAAUCAGAAUGCCUAUAACUGCUGGAUUGCAGCAUGCAUCUAUGUGCUGACGUUGUUACUUUCGGCUCAACAGUUCUAUAUGAAUAGCAGAGUAACUGCUAAUUAAAAAUUUAAAACUUUUUAUGGUUUCAGUGUGAAGCCUAAUUGCUAGUUUAUUAUUGUUUUAUAAACUAGUUGUCAAUAGUAUUAAAUGGCUUAAUUAAACAUUUUUGUUAAUCUUUUUUUUCCCAAAGUCUCUCAAAUCUUUUCCAUUGUUAAAUAAUUUAAUGAAAUUUAUGUUUGAAAAAAUGUGUUUUUGUUCAGCUUUAAACUACAUUCCGCAACAUGUUAUGAAGUCUAUAUCAUAGUAUGCCUAUUAUUGAAUUUUACCCAAGUUAAAAAAGCAUAAUUUCGAAAUAAAGUGAGUGCAAAGUGGG